AUGCCUACUUCUAUUAUAGCAAGCGAUAAGUCGGUCAAAAGCUUGCCUCAAACCAGUCUUAAUCAAUCUGAAAUGAAUGGUGACUAUUCCAACGAGCAAGUUGACGAGCGUCAACUGGCUGUGUCUACUAAUACCACUGUUGAAAAUGAAAGGGAACCCUUGAUUAAUGUUCCUGAGUCAAAGAGGAACAUUGGUGGUAGAUAUAGUUCAAAUGAAUGUGUGAACAGGGAGGCUCACGACAAUGACAAUCCAGCACUUGCUGUUGCUCAUAAUAUUCAGGAUAAACUUUACCAAAUGCAUAAGGAUUAUAGAGUCUUUAUACAUAACUCAAAAUGGAUCUUAAACUUGAUGAUCCUAUUAAACACGAUAUGGCUUGUUAUAACAUUUAUUAAUGAUUUCUUUUUCAAUAUGAGCUUGUUUGGUUAUUCCAACAGGUAUGGAUCCUUUAACGAUUUGUGUUUGAUUUUUGUCGCCAUUGUUGCUAAUUCACUAAACCUAUGGUUCAAUCAAUUAGGCCUCUAUUCUUCUCUUGACGUGGUACAGAACAUCUCCUUAUGUCUAUUGACACUUUUCAAUCUGUUCCUUUUAUUAAUUGUGAAAUAUACACGAGAGAGAAUUGGUUCUAUUGCUAUCUUUACUUAUCUAUGGACAGCAUUUGCGUUUGUUAUUGGAUCAGUGCUAGAUUUUUAUUUGCUAAAAUUUAACGAUGAACUGUAUAAAAAUAAUAACAUUAUCGCAGAGAGGGAAACACAAGGUCAUGAACAGUAUGAUAAUAAACAUACGCUGAGAGAAUGGCUGUAUAUUGCCAUCAGAAGUGUGGCUAAGCUAGGCCUUUUGAUUUUUAUGGCAUUUUAUACACUCAAUACACUACUUACUGCUUGGGACAUAAGUCGUACUUCAAACACUGUGGUAAGUUCAUACCCUUCGCAAAUGGUAUUUACAGAAGCUGCUUCAUAUGAAAACUACCACUGGGUUGAUGACAACCAUACUUACAAAAUUCACAUUACAUGUUAUGGAGAUAUCUUCAAUAACACAGACCUAGACAACGAUAACAACCAAGCCAUUGUCCUAUUUGAACACGGUGGGUAUGAUACCGGUUAUAGAUCUGGUACAUGGAUCCAGGAAUUGUAUCAUUUGAAUAGGAUAAAGCGCUUUUGUAUGUACGAAAGACCCGGCUACGGUCUAAGUGAUUCUCCACCAGCACCUAUCUCUAUCUCAAUGGUCGCUGAAGGGUUGAAGUAUGCUUUACUCAACGAAGCAAAAAUUAAGGGACCCUUUGUAACAGUUGGUUAUGAUAUGGGUGGGUUGUUCACAAGGGUAUUCACAGCGAAAAAUAUUGAUAUAGUACAAGGUAUGAUGCUAGUUGAUGCCUGGCAUGAAGACCUAUUAUUGAAAAAUUAUCUGAAAAGAAUGCUGCCACCAGUAGAUGAUGACGAUCCAAGCCGUAACCCUGAUGAUAGAAGCUGGCUUCCUCAGGAAAUUGGUAGACAUAAUGAAUUCAAAUUAUGGUGGCAAGGAUUGUGGUCAACUUUGGGACUGCGUCUGCAAUCAUCAUGGCUGGUAGCACAUCAUGGAUCUAGAGAUCGUAUAUUUGGUAGAGACCUUCCAUAUCAAGGAAGGUUCUUAAGGGCCAAAUUCCUAGAGAGCAUUACGAGCUCUAUUUUGAGUUAUAGGGAUGUUAUCAAUAGCAAUGACCGUCUCAUAGAUGUUAAGACUAGUAUUGUAAGCUCUAAAGACAUGGUUAAGAAAUCAUACAGAUGGGGUAACUGGCAACGUGAGCUCACUAAGAUUUCCAGAAAAACCCAAGAAUGGAAAGUUGUUGACGGCGGUCAUGAAGUUUAUAAAUACAAUCUAGGUAAGCAACAGACACAAGAUGUGCUGUUAAGGUUAGUUGGUGAGAAAGACAGGUAUUAG